GAGAGAGACGAAUCGACAAGCGCGCCAGUACCACACGAGCUUUCGCGGGGGGUGUAUCACGUCCCCUCUUCUCUACCUUGUAUCUGUGUUUACGUUAUAGCGACAAUGGCGACGCCGAAGCAAGUGCUCAAGAGUGUCGGCCCCAAACUGGUCCCAUUCUUCAAGACGGUGGCCGUGUAUUUUGUGUUGUUCAUUCCCAGCGAGCAACCUUCCCUUCUCGCCAUGGUCAUCAAGUGUUUACCGGUCAUCUCCCUCAUCGCCUUCGUCCUCCUCCACGGCAUGAGUCUGGGCGAAGAAUACACUUACUCCCGAAGAAUCCUGCUCGGCCUCAUCUUCUCAGUGAUAGGCGACGCUCUGCUCAUCUGGGAGGACUUCUUUCUACACGGACUGGGAUCUUUCCUAGUGGCGCAGAUCUUCUACAUUAGCGCUUUCGGAUUCACGCCGUUCAACAUCUACGCGGCGGGGGUGACCUACGCUUUGAUGGGAGUUGGUGUGGGGGUCCUCAUGCCCGGUACAGAGGGCGUGGUCAGUGUGGGUAUGCCCGUGUACACCUUCUGCUUAAUGACCAUGGUGUGGCGUGCAGUGGCCAGGGUGCAGUUCUUUGAGGAGCUCUGGACCUGGACGAAGCUGUGUUCCUGCGUUGGCGGAGUCCUGUUCGCGGUGUCUGAUUGUCUGAUUGGGAUGAACGCCUUCUGCUGUGUGGUCCCUUAUGGCCAGGCUCUGAUUAUGGUGUCCUACUACGCGGCCCAGCUCGGGAUAUCCCUCAGCGUGGUGGACAGCAAGGCUUCCUAUCUGGACAGCAUAAGAGACACCACCACCACCACCACAGCAACCACCUCCACCACAUCCCGCCUCACCAGUACGACCCACCCAGCCACCAAAGCAACCAUAAGCAAGACCGGGUUGACCAAGCUCGCCCAGUCUGUCAACCCAACCGCCGGAACGGUGUUGGGUUUCAGCAAGACGGGGUUGGGUGCGUAUACGAAUCCCACCGCUGUCACCAUUUUAGCAAGUAGCAAGAUCGGUUUGGGCAAGAUUACGAGUACGAGUGUCAACCCUACCGCGAAAAUGGACGCUAGUAGCAAGACCGGGUUGACCAAGAUUGCGAAUUCGGUUAGGAACUUGUGUUUAGACGGCGUUAUAGACAGUGAUACCAACAAAAUGGCGAACAUGAUGGGUUUGGGCAAGAUUGACCACACGAACACCAACUCAAGCACCACCAAGAUCGGGUUGAGCAAGACGGGGUUGGUCGCCGAUCCCACCUCUGCCACCAGUGUAGAAUCUAGCACCAAGGCGAAUUUGAGCAAGACCGGGUUGAGCAAGAUAGGGUUGACCAGUGUUGCCAAGACUAACAAAAUCGCUUAUUCCGGUGAUGUUACGAGCAGUGUUACCAAUGGUGGGGUUGUAGAUGAUGUUAUAGAUGAUAGUAGUAGUAGUAAUAGUAAUGGUAGUAACUGUAAGUGUACUAAUAUAACUAUUCCUACUACUACUACUACUAAUUCUUAUUGUAGUAGUUGUAGUAGUAGUCGUAGUGAGGUUAGGAUUAUAAGUAAUAUUAGUAGUGAUAUUUCUUCUUCCUCUUCCUCCUCCUUCUCUUCUCCUCUUCUUUCCUCUUCUAUAUGUUAAUUCUUCUUAAUCUUUUUUUUUUUAUAUAUAUUUUUUGAAUUGAGAUUAUGACCUCCUCUUCUUCCUUUUCUUCUUCCUCCUCCUCCUCCUCCUCCUCCUCCUCCUUCGUUUUCUUUACUUUCUUCUUCAUUAGACAGAGAGAGUAGUAGUAGUAGUAGUAGUUGUAGUAGUAGAUUAUUAUUACUAUUAUUAUUAUUAUUAUUAUUAUUAUUAUUAUUAUUAUUAUUAUUGUCAUUAAGUAUUUCAUUUAUUCAGUAUUAUUAAAGUGAUAUUAAGUUCUUCCUCUUCCUCCUCCUCUUCCUCCUCUUCUUCCUCCUCCUCCUCCUCCUCCUUUCUUCCUCCUCCUCCUCCUCUUCCUCUUCUCUUCCUCCUCCUCCUCGUCCCCUUCUCUUCCUCCUCCUCGUCCCUUCUUUUCCUCCUCCUCCUCUUCCUCUUUUCUUCCUCCUCCUCGUCCCCUUUUCUUCCUCCUCCUCCUCCUCUUCCUCCUCGUCCCCUUCUCUUCCUCCUCUUCUUUUUCAUCUUUCUCCAUUUUCUUCCCUGUCUUCUUCCUCCUCCUCCUCCUCUUCCUCUUCUUCUUCUCUUCCUCCUCCUCGUCCCCUUUCUUCCUCCUCUUCUUCUUUUUCAUCUUUCUCCUUUUUCUUCCCUGUCUUCUUCCUCCUUCUCCUUCCUCCUCCUCCUCCUCCUCCUCUUUCUCUUCUCUUGCUCCUCCUCCUCGUCCCCUUCUCUUCCUCCUCCUCCUCUUCUUCUUCAUCUUUCUCCUUUUUCUUGCCUGUCUUCCUCCUCCUCCUCCUCCACCUCCUCCUCCUCUUUCUUCUUCUUCCUCAUCCUCUUCCUCUUCUCUUCCUCCUCCUCGUCCCCUUCUCCUGCUCCUCCUCCUCCUCCUUUAUUUCUUUAUUAAAAAAAAAAUCCUUGGCAGGGCUGACCUUGAUAUUAAUGCAUAUUGUUAAAGAAAUACACGCACACACGCACACACAUACAUACAUACAUACAGGCCCGCCCUGUAUGUAUGUGUGUAUGUGUGUGCGUGCGUGUGUAUGUACAUAUAUGUAUUCUGACAAUAAUAUAUUUGUAUAAGAAAGAC